AUGAGCCCAAAGAACGACUCCGGUUUCAAGGUCGAGCCUUUCGACGGCUCGAACUAUGGGUUGUGGAGUUACAAGAUGAAGAUGUACCUGAUGUCGAAGGGGAUGUGGGGCGCGAUCGCGGGCAAUGAGACAACAAGUGAGGCCAAGGAACAGCAAGCCCACGCCGCGAUUUUGCUUUAUCUGAGCGAUUCGCAGUUGAUGCAUGUCAUCGACUCGGCCACUGCAAGAGAAGGGUGGGGACGUUUGGCGCAAUUUCAUCACAGUCAUGACACGGCGAAUCGACUUUGGCUGAAGGAAAAAUUCGCCUCGUUCAAGUAUGCAGCAUCAAGCAUGAGCGUUCAUGUGAUGGAGCUGGAGGACCUCGUGAUGAAGAUGAAGCGCGCGAACUGCGGUCCAAGUGAAGAGGACGUGUGCGCAGUACUGUUGAGGAGUCUACCUUCAAUCUUCAAGAGCUUGGUACAGGCAUUCUGCAUGUCCGUCGCAAGCUUCAGUUUUAGUGACCUCGUGAGCAAGUUGAUCGCCGAAGAAGUGCGCCAGAAUGAGGCUGCACGGGUAAAGGAUGCAACGGCGCUCUACGCAGGCAAGAGGAAGGGUAAGCAGUACCCGAAGAAGCAACAAGGACGGUGCGCUAAAGGACCAUCAGGGACCUGCUACAACUGUGGCAAGGUCGGACACUACGUCAGAGAUUGUCGCUCCGGUCGAGGGCCAAGGGAGCUACAGCAUGACCAGUCGAAUGUCGCGUUUAAUGUUAGCGAAGGUUUCGCGAGCGACAGCUGGGUCAUGGACAGUGGCGCGUCAGCACACAUGUGCAAGGAUCGAGAUGCGUUCGAAGAGUACGAAGAAGUGCAUCAUGCGCGCAGUAUUUCAAGCGCAAAGAGCGACGUGAAGCUGAAUGUCAUUGGACAUGGGACAGUGAAGCUGCGCGUCUGGACAGGGCAUGCGUGGAUCGACGCUCGCCUUGAGAACACACUUCACGCUCAAGAUUUGUCCAAGAAUCUGUUUUCGCUCACGGCUGCGGCAGCGCGCGGCAUGACAGUGGAGAUAACGCGCAACGAGUGCGUGGUGAAGCGUAGCGGCACACUUUUCGCAACAGGAAGGAAGCAGGGGUUCCUCCUGUAUCUCAAUGCUGACUAUGGUACGGAGUGCCACAUGGCCGAAGACGACACAGAGCUAUGGCAUAGAAGACUGGGUCACGUGUCGUAUGGUACGCUGAAUGCCAUGGUCAAGGACGGAAGGAUCAAGGGAGCAACGAUGAAGACGAACGUUGCUUGUGACGUAUGCGCAACGUCAAAGCAAGUGCGCAAGUCAUUCAAGACAAGUGAAGAAGACGAUGAAACCAGGGAGAGUUCGCGUUCCGACGUGGUGGUGUGCUCCGACGUUCUCGGACCCAUCACGCCAGCGUCCAAGUCUGGUUUCAGUUACGCCGUAACCUUCAUCAUGAUGAAGAGCAGGUAUGUAACGGUCUAUCCGUUGCGAAAGAAGAGCGACGUUGCGAGUGCGUUCAAGCGGUUUUACCAAGAUAUCAAGACAGCAUCUGGAACGAUGAUAAAGGUGUUGAGCUGUCACAACGGUGGAAAAUACCGGAACGAAACGAUGAACAGCUUUUGCAAGGCAAAGUUCAUUAAGCAAGAGUUCACGGCUCCGUACAACCCAGAGCAGAACGGGAUGGCGGAGCGGAUAAGCCGCACGCUGGUGGAGAUGACGCGCUGUAUGCUCAAGGAAAGCGGCCUCGACAAGUCGUACUGGUGCGAGGCACUGAUGAUUGCGGCAGACAUCAAAAACAUUCUGCCAAACGCGUCGAACAAAAAUUCAAGCCCACACGAGAUGGUGUUCAAGAAUGUUCCGCGCAUCGAUCACAUGCGCGUGUUUGACCAAAAGGCGUAUCGGCUUCUUAACGCGGACGAUGGCUCAAUUGUGAUUUCAAGAAGCGUCACGUUCGCUGAGCAUUCUGUCUCAAAAGCAUCGAAAAGCAGAGACACGCGGGUGUUCGAUGUCAUUGAAGAAGAGGAAAGUGUGGAGGCGUCGCUACCCGAUGAUGAAGACAUAACAGCGCCGGUGACCGAAGAAGAGCUGCGCACCCCACCACUUCGAGCGCAGAACAGCUCUCAUCCCGGACCAAGAGAUCGACCAAGCGACAUUAUUCCUACGCGUGCAUCCAGCACACCCGGAAGAAAUGGAAAAGAAGAGUGGAUGGUGCGACCGGUUCGGAAGAAGCGCGGCGUGGUUUGCUACGAACAAGAGUUUCCAAGCCAUCGUCGCGGUCAUUUCAAUUUGGACGACUACGAAGGUGACUUCGACUCUUUCUAG